AUGUGGUUCGCAAUGGCUGGCGUGCCCCGAGGAACGUGCUGUGUGGGGCCUGGUGGGCUCAGCUCGCCAGCCCCGGUUGUUCGCCUACUCCCAUCGAUCAAGAUGGUGAACGUUCCCAAGGAGAGGAGGACCUACUGCAAGGACAAGAGGUGCAACAAGCACACUGUGCACAAGGUCACCCAGUACAAGUCCGGCAAGGCCUCCAACUUCGCUCAGGGUAAGCGUCGGUAUGACCACAAGCAGAGGGGUUUCGGUGGACAGACCAAGCCCAUCUUCCACAAGAAGGCCAAGACCACCAAGAAGGUGACCCUUCGGCUGGAGUGCAAGAUGUGCAAGGCCAAGAAGCAGCUCGUCAUCGCCCGCUGCAAGCACUUCGAGCUCGGCGAGAAGAAGCAGGCCACCGGCCACCAGUACUGAGCAGCCCGACCUCGUUGUCGCCGAAACGCGAGUCGGACCGGAAGGGGGGGCUGGGGGGAGCGUGCCUUUUUUUGGAGGGGAGCGGGUUGUCGUUGUGUGUUGCUGGUAUUUUUUCGCUAGAACGCCGUCUUCACGGUCGUGUGGGAUCUGGCGCGGCUGAUUCUUUUGCCGGGCUUUGAACCACCCACACGUGUCAUGUGUUAACGGUUACUACAACUCCCGCUGUUAAUUCCAAGGCACUUCUUCUUCCGAGUUAUUUUUUUGGUGGCGUGGACGGGUAUGAACACCUUCCAUCCCUCGCGGUGCCCCUGCGAACGGAGGGCUGACUUAACCGAAAGGCUCUAGGCGGGCGCGGGCGCCUCGAGUUGCGCCGCCUGGUUGUGGAGACCGCGCUGUGUGUCGCUCCCACGCCCCGUGCCUUGAGUCAUAAAAUAUUGUCCGAGGACAAAGGUAGUAACAGCAGUGCUCUUGCCGACCGGGUGACCUAUCACAUGUGUUUGUCACUUGUGAUGCCGCGCGGUCACGAUAGUUCAUGCCCUAUCUCCCUCCGGUGGCGAUGUUACACAAACACCCUCAUGCCUCCCAUCACACGGGGCGCAUAAAUUCACCGACUCGACAGCCCGGAAAAAGCAGUGGGGGGCGACGACGGCGUCAUGCUUGUCGGAGUUCGCUCCGUUUUUCCGUGUCUCGGCGCAUUACAUGCGAGUGGCGCUAGAAACAGUAACAAAUAUGUUCGUUGCCUCGGAGGGUAUGGGGUAAUUGCUUUCUUGAUGAAAGGAACUGUGAAAUUUUUAUAGACGUUGGGAGACUGUGGCCUUCAUGAUCAGUGACCCUUCACAACCCCUCGAUGAUAUCCGUUUUUAUUUGUUUCUACUUAACC